AUGGGUAAAAACUGUGUAAUUGUCGGCUGCAGAAACAAGGAUACAAACAAAAUGGAGGGGUUAAAGUUCCAUCGAAUCCCAAAAGAUGAACCACGUCGUUCUCUCUGGUUAAAGGCCAUCAAUCGCCUCUGCCCCAUCACCGGCAAACCCUGGGUUCCCUCUGAUGAUGGAAGAAUUUGUAGCAGUCACUUUGUUAAAGAGAAAAGUGAUAAUCCAAGUAGUGUCGAUUAUGUGCCGACAUUGAAACUCAACUCGACUCCAAUGGCCAUCCCACUGCCAGAUCGAAGGAAAUCUCAACUUGCACUUGUAACAUCAAGAGUAGAGCAAGUAACAUCUGAAGGUCAGGCCAGUACUUGA